AAGAGGAAAAGCUCUUUCUUUUUGUGGGUCACAACACAAGCCAAACACAUAAGACUUUAGUUGUGGUUGUCUUUGCUUAUUAAGCCACACUCUCUAAGACACAAAUAAGUGGGGGAAAAAAAACUAUCCUAAAAGCAACCAACACAUUUCUCUCUGUCUCUCUCUUCCAUGGACUUACAACUGAAGCAAUGGAGAAGUCAGCAGCAGAAUGAGUCAGAAGAACAAGGUUCUGCAACUAAGAUGUCUAACUUUUUCUUUGAUCAGAUUCAGUCUCAAACUGCACCUUCUGCUGCUGCUUUACCUCUCUUUGUCCCUGAACCCACCUCUUCUUCCUCUUCCUCUACGAGGCAUCUCAAGAUGGGAAACUUCUUUAGCUGGGCACAGUGGCAAGAACUUGAGCUACAAGCACUGAUCUACAGAUACAUGUUGGCUGGUGCUUCUGUUCCUCAAGAGCUCCUCUUACCAAUCAAGAAAAGUCUCUUCCAUCAAUCUUCUUUGAACUUCCUUCAGCAUCCUCUGCAACAUGACUUCCCUCAUCACCAAGCUUCUUGGUAUUGGGGGAGAGGAGCAAUGGAUCCUGAGCCAGGAAGGUGCAAGAGAACGGACGGAAAGAAAUGGAGAUGUUCAAGGGAUGUUGUAGGCGGUCACAAGUAUUGCGACCGCCACAUCCACCGUGGUCGAAACCGUUCAAGAAAGCCUGUGGAAACCGCCAAAACUCCCACCACAAAUGCUGCCACAAACGCAGCAUCUUCCUUUGUCUUAGGCGAGGAGCUUGGUCAUGGACCAAACAAUCUCUUCUUUUCCUCCGGCUCUUCACAUCAUUCAUCUCAACAUCUCCACCUUAAUAAUCAUCAAAGUUGUCCUUCAGACAUGAAACAAGAAAGCAACAACAACAACAACAACAAGAGGCCAUAUGAAGCUCACAAUGGGUUCAGUAACGGAAGAUCAGAUGAUGGUCACAUCCUGAGACCUUUCUUUGAUGAUUGGCCACGAUCAUCUGACUCUACCUCAAGUCAAAUGAGCUCAUCAACUUUUCAUCUUUCCAUCUCCAUGCCUGGUAACCCUUCCUCAGACGUUUCCUUAAAGCUUUCUACAGGAAAUGAAGAAGAAGAAGAAGCAAACAUGAGAAACAACAAUGAGAGGGAGCAGCAACAAAACAUGAACUGGUGGAGCAGUGGAGGGAACCACAACAAUAUGGGUGGGCCAUUGGCUGAAGCCUUGAGGUCAGCCUCCUCUACGUCAAGUGUUCUUCAACAAAUGGGAAUAUCAACUCAAGUCUUUCACUGAAGGAAGUGUUGAAAAAAAAAAACAAAUCAAGUCCUAUUUGAAUCUGCACUUUCUGCAGAUGGUUUUUCUCUGAAUUGUUUUGUUCUGGUGAUGUUGUUGGGCCUUAGUUGCCUGCUUUGAAUUGUUUUCUUUCUUGCAGCUGCAGAUAUUUAUGUCUUAAGUUUAAGUAUGUUGGUGAUAAGUUUGUCAUAAGUACCUGAGCAGUUUCUUGGGUUAGAUGUUGGUGAUAAGUAUUGCAGUUCUUGUACUUAGCUUUCAGUGUUCUACUCUGGAAGAAACCAAACAUUGACUUGAUGGCUACAGAUUUGAGUACACUGAUCUUUUAAUU